AUGAAGUCCGCCGUUGUUGCCACACUCACCUCCACUUCUGUGAUAUGCCUUGUAAUGUUCAGUAUGGUCUGUCUAUUCGAUGAGAUGGACAGAAUGAUAAUUGAGAUGAAUAUUGAUCUCAUGAGCUCCAAAGUUUUGAAUUCGGAAAGUUUGAAGGUCCUGAGGGAUGUUCAGAAAGAUGUUGAGGAAGCGGGACUACCGUUGAGGAUGGCACGACAAGCCAUUUCCGCUGAAUCAAUUGCUUCGGUAUUUAGAAACAAGAGGCAAGCGGGACAAUGUUCUUCAUGUAGCCGGUCGGCCAGCUGUCCGAGAGGGCCACCCGGGCCAGCUGGAGCAAAAGGAGCGCCUGGAGGUGAGGAUCGAUUAGUAAUGCUUUUGGGUUCCAAAAGCAUUAUUAAUCGCCGUUAAAAUAUCUGUAAAUUGUGCAUGGUUUGAUAUAUAAUCUGAUCAGUAAUUCAUCACAUACAUAUACAUUUUAAAAUAUAAAUUUCAGACGCCGGAGAGCCCGGAGAGCCUGGUCGACCAGGAGUCACUGGUUUCGUCCAGCUCUUUGACCAAUUCAACGGCGGAUGUAUCAAAUGCCCUGCGGGUCCACCGGGCGAAGUUGGUCCGGACGGUCCAGUUGGAGAACCCGGAGAACAGGGACCUGAAGGUCGGGCCGGUUACGACGCCUUUGACGGAGCACCAGGGCCCCAGGGACCAAUCGGCGAUGCUGGCCCUAAGGGCGAAAAAGGUGCAAAGGGCAUUCCUGGAAGCGAUGGGCACAAUGGCAAGCGAAUUAUUGGAGUCCAAGGACAGCCUGGACCAGUUGGUGCGCCGGGACAGGUGGGAAUUCCGGGACUCAAUGGGAACAAUGGUAAGAAACAAAAGCUUUGUUUCGAUUGAAAUAUUAUAGUACCAUCAGUUUUAGAGGCAAAUAAUUUUGACCCGUUUUCAGGUAGAAUCGGAGCCCCUGGUCCAAUCGGCCCCAUUGGCGAAAGAGGACCUGCUGGAGAGCCUGGUGCUCCUGGAAGAGAUGGAGCGGUAAGUCGGAAAAUCCAGCUUUCUAUUAGGUUGUCCAGUAAGUAAUGUCGUCGUUCAAAAGAUUUUUUGUAUGACAAAAUACACCGUAAUAAUUACGGAAUUGAGGCGCCUUUUGAAAACAUAUCCCUCGUUAGCAUAGGUUAUUCAACUUUUAAGCAAAGUUUGGUGGGGAAAUAUGUACUUACGAGGCUCAAUUACAUAGUGGUUUAUCCUCACAAAAAUAAUUUUUUAGCCCGGCAUCGGAGGAGCCAACGGACCCGACGCUUCCUACUGUAAAUGCCCUGGCGCAUGA